AUGGAAUCAGCGGAACAGCUCCUCUCAAAAGCUGCAGGUGCAGUCAGGGGCAUCGUGAAUGCCGCCGAAGGCGGCUUUCAGCUCCUAGCACAAGUAGUGGAGGAAGCUAUCGAUUCUCCUGGAUAUCCAGCGCAAACACCACCCUCGCCGGCAUCUCUUGAUCUCAGGACUGUCCCCCCGAAGCCUAAUGAGCCCAAUAUUCCGGUCAAGCGAAUUGAGCCGAAUGACCGCCUCAAGUCCAUUGAGCCGAAUCAAAUGCCAACUCCGGACUGUGAGAGCCUCGUCAUACGAGCGUUGCCGCGGCCUUCAGAUGCACAACUCUCCGAAGGAGACAAAGUGCACGUCUGGAGCAAAUCCAGGGGAACCUGGACCGAAGACGGUGAGGUGGUUGAGAUAUCAAAGGUCGAUGUGCAGAUUCUCGGUGAAACCAUCACCAAGGGAUCUGUGUAUGUGCUCUUUGACGAGGGCAGCAAAGCAAAAUGGGUCCGCCCCAGCGACAUCAACGUACUACUCAAGAAGCCGGGCUGGUCUCCGCAGGCGGGAAGUGCGACUCCGCCAGGAUAUGCCGGAUACAACUUGCCCCAAGACUGCGACCACAACCCUGGUGACAGGCUUUCCGAGCUUCGUGCGUUGCAAUCGGCCCAUGGCGGGAAACAGUUUCAUGACGAGAGUUUCCCGCCAAAGCUCCGAGGUCGGGUGACCAGGUGGUGCAGGCCUAGUGAAAUUGGAGCCCAUGAUGGUCGAGUUCUAUGGCGCAGUGAGGAUUGGCAGCUUCUCCGUGGACAGCCGCGCGCGGACGACGUGCAGCAGGGCGAGUUGGGAGAUUGCUGGUUCUUAUCUUCGCUGGCGGCUAUGGCAGAGUUUCAAGAAGGGAGACUUGUGCAGCGGCUGCUGCCGGAGCAGAAGAGCCUGAGCCCAGCUGGGGUCUAUUUGGUUCGGUUGUGGCUUGGAGGCUCCUGGCGUGACAUCAUUGUUGACGAUCGCCUGCCCUGUAUAGGGAACGGGCUGAGCACGUACUAUCAGCUUGCGUACUGCUCUACUCGAAGGUGUCAACUAUGGGCAAGUAUUAUUGAAAAAGGCUUUGCCAAGGCGUGCGGCUCAUAUGAGGCAAUAGCGGGUGGUCAGCCCGAGGAAGCGCUCUCUAUUUUGACGGGCUGGCCAUGCGAGACCAUUCAGUUCGAUAGCGAGGAUUUUGAUCCUGGCAUUUUGUGGGCAACAAUGUCCACCUCCAGGGAAGCCAAAUUUCUCAUGACCGUGUCAACAAGCUGCGGUAGGUCUCACAGCGAGCAGGACGUUCGCGCGGCGGGACUUGUUCCCAAUCAUGCCUACUCGUUGAUAGAUGUGCUUGACAUUGAGGAUGCCAGUGGUUGUCGCAUGCAGCUGCUGAAGAUUCGCAACCCUCAUGGAGAGGCCAAAUGGCGUGGCAACUGGUCAGAGAGAAGUCAGCUGUGGACACCAGAACUCCGUCAACGGGUUGGCUGUGCCAAAGCUAUAGAGGAUCACAUGUUCUUCAUGAGCUACAAUGACUUCCUAAACUGGUUUGAAUGCUGCACCAUUUGCAAAGUCCACAGUGAUGGUUGGCAUAAGGUGCGCAUGCCCACACCACUCCCCGGAAAUGGGAUAGCACCCACCCAAGGGUGGAGGCUCACAGUGGCUGAGAUGACAGAAUGUUGCUUGACACUGGCGCAGCCUCAAGACCGCGCACGUAGUGGCCCAGUGUUUUUGCCUUUGAAUUUGGGCAAGAUUGCUGGUGCUGGAUUUGUUCUAGUUUGUGUUGAUGAAGCCCAGCAGAAAUCGCUGACUACAGUCACAGUUGGGCAUCCGCGCUGCCGAGCUAUUGUAUCUGCAGACUGUUGGUUGAAGCCAGGUCUCUCGUACUUUCUCCUUCCCCUUAGUCUGCUGGAUGGGCCUGAAAUACCGGCUGUGUUCUCAUGCUUCAGCAGAAAGACAGUGCAGAUUCAGGAGCACAGCUUCUCUGAUUCUGCUGUGGUUGCUGGUUGGGCGGCCUUUAUCAAGUCCAGCGCCAAAGAACCCGACAACUUCCACGGUGCCAGGGUUUACAUCGCCAAGAGCCAUGGGGGAAUGGUGGCCUGCAUGGCAGAAAACCAUGGACGAGGUUUCUUUCAGGUGGAACUCGCUUUCCAGCAGUUGGAGAACCAAUUGAGUUUCUCCAGGGGAACGGGCAAUACUACAGACUGGUUGGCACCUGGAGAGGCACAAAUUCUUCAGGUAGUGAUACCAGCAGGUAGUGGUGGCUGGCGGAGUAGCCAGCGAUAUCAAAUGCAGUUUACCCGGCCACACCAAGCUCUCCACAGCCCAGACCUGGCCUUCGCCUGCUCGGAGCUGCAUAGGCCCUUCGAGAUGGCACGAGUCCAGAAGCCUCAGAAAGGCAAAGGUGUUGCCAAAUGGUUCCCAUUCUGA